AUGGCAGGCGCACAGCCUUUGUCUCCAUCGCCUACUGGGAAGCAGGAGCAGCUGAUUGAUUACUGUCGGAAUGCACACAUGGGUGCUCCUGUCUUCAACAUCAUCUCAGACCGCCGUGGUGGCCGCACUGCCUGGUCCAGCACCGUUACCGUUCAAGGCCGAAACAUAGCUGCCCGCUAUUGGUACGAUGGUCAAUUCCUCAACAACGCAAAGGAGGAUGCAGCCGAAGUGGCUCUUAUGCAGUUUGCCCAGCAAACGGACAGCACCCAGCAAACCUUUCAGGGCCAAGCCGGAUAUGCCCGCGGCUGGCCACGCUUCGAUCCACAGGGAGUACAGCUGUCGGUAAAUUCGGAGAUUCCGCAUUUGGAAUCUGUAGACGCAUCUAUGAGAUGCAGGAAGCCAGCGAUCUCGUUCCGUCGAAUUUCUAGACCGUCGUGUUACCAGUCACAUUCUUUCCACACCGCUCCUACUCGUGCAGAGACCUCAGUCGAUGAACAGGCUUCCAGUGCAAUGUCUGUGUCGUCUCGCUCGUCGGCUCUGGUCUUUGAGCUCAAAGCUCGAUGCUCUACCACCAAAGCCCGCGCAUCCAUCCUCCACCUACCUCACGGCUCAGUAGAGCUUCCUAUCUUUAUGCCUGUGGCCACGCAGGCUUCUCUGAAAGGACUUACUGCCGAGCAACUCGAAGAAACUGGUUGUAGGCUAUGCCUUAACAAUACCUAUCACCUCGGCCUGAAGCCCGGGCAAGCGGUUCUGGAUGCCAUUGGAGGUGCACACAAGCUUCAAGGAUGGAAUUACAAUAUCUUAACCGAUAGUGGUGGCUUCCAGAUGGUCUCUUUACUGAGAUUGGCAAAAGUGACAGAGGAAGGCGUUCGCUUUCUCAGCCCGCAUGAUGGAUCCCCGAUGCUCCUCACCCCAGAGCACUCAAUGUCCCUACAGAAUUCGAUUGGAUCAGACAUUAUAAUGCAGCUCGACGACGUUAUUCAGACUACUUCACCUGACCAUGAACGUAUGAAGGAGGCCAUGGAACGUUCGAUCCGAUGGCUCGAUCGCUGCAUUGCAUCCCACCAAUAUCCCCAGAAACAGAACCUUUUUUGUAUCAUUCAAGGCGGUCUCGACCUGAAACUGAGGCGACAGUGCUGUGAGGCAAUGGUGCUACGCGACACGCCAGGCAUCGCUAUAGGCGGUCUGUCUGGGGGAGAGGCCAAGGACGAAUUUUGUAAAGUCGUGCAUGCUUGCACUGAAGUUCUGCCGGAAGGCAAGCCUAGAUACGUUAUGGGGAUUGGUUAUCCAGAGGAUCUUAUCGUGGCGAUCGCUUUGGCCCCAAACGUCAAGAAGGUGUCGAAGACAAGGGGCGGAAGCACCGAGCUAAUGCAGGUUCUUGUAACAUCAGGCCUAAACUUGGCGUUGGUUCUUGAAUUGAUCUGGUCACUUGUCCCGCUCCAGGUGAAACGAGAGAUCGUCAGUACAACACCAAAUCCUCAUGUGGUUGCCACAUUCACUCCCUUUCCUGCAUCAUCGAGCAGCUGCGCACUCAUGAAUUGUGGUCGCGAUGCUGGCAUUGUGGGUGCUCUGGCAAGUUUUGGUGAUCUCUCAUUUCACCAAGCUGUCGUGGGCUCUCACAUUCACUCAUCCAACGAAUCAGACUGUUUGGGCUCGAGUAAUGAUCCCCCAAGCAUCACUCUACUCCUCCUCGAUCCAUGGACAAACCCGCCGGUCCCAAAGACAGUGGGAGUUGACAUAGCGGUGAACUCGUUCACAACGUAUCUUGAUGCGGACACUGCAGCUGGGACGGGUUAUGAGUUCCAACUUGUCCAAAGGACAGGGACCAGUGACAAAGUCAUGGCCACCUCGCCUCAGUUUUCAAUUGCAGAUUCGCAGGCUGCGGAGGGUCGGAACUCUGCCACGGAGGGCCAUUCCAUCCUUCCUGUGGUCAUAGCUGUCCCGGUGGUGUCUGUGAUCCUGGUCGUUGUUAUCAUCAUUUGGUACUGUUGGUUUCGGAAGCGAAGACGACAUCAUCGAGCACAUUCUCGGACUCCUCAUCCAAGACGCCAGCGGAGACCAUUUGUCCUGCUUGAGCGCGACAGGAUAACAUUCAACGGUUGGGUUGGUAAAGCUAAGCCAGACAUGGAAGAGUGUAACGCGGAUAGAGAUCUUGAGGACCGGGACUCCAUGCAUGUGCGGAGUCCAGCUGGGCGAAAGUCGACGAUGCAGUUGCCUCUACCACCGCCACCACCAGCACCUGUUGAGAGGAGAGCUGAGUUGCCCAUCUCCAUCACCCCUCGGUCAUCACGGCAUGUACAUCCUCCAAGACAUGUCAGGACCCCAACAGAAUUGGAGAUCAACCCUUUACCUCCUUUACCUCCUCCGCCAAGGUCCGUGGAUGUGGAGCAGGGAGCGGAAGUCAACGAGCCUGCGCUGCUGCCAACAGCUCAUCAAUCAACGCGCUUGUCCCUACAACAAAUUUUGCGGAUUAGAAAGGUAUCUGAGCUGGAAGGACAUACGAAGCUACCAUCCAACUGUCAGGAUCGACCGGCAAAGACACAAGAUGCAAUGAAAGAUGAGAGUCCUGAUACUCAAUCGUGUCAUCCAGCUUUUCGUUCGAAACGAUUCUCUUUGCGUAGUUUACUCUACCUUAGAAGAUUUGCUGAGCCCGACGGAAACUCGAUGGUACCGGCACAGGCAUCAAACAUGCAUCCAGGACACGACGAGGAGUUAUCACAUCCAUCAUCGAGACGAUUUCAUCGCUUAUCGCUCCUCCGUCUGCUCCGCUCAAAGAGACAAGCCGAGUUGGAAGCAAGCACAGAUAUCUUACCCAAAUACUCUCACACUGAUUCGAACCCAAAAAGCCAAUUCCUAUCCCCACCAUUGCCUCUGAAAGACAUGGACUUCAAACAUCCACUUUCCCGGCGAGCAAUGACACCCGUCGAGCUUGAUGCUUCCGAACCAAACCGGCUAUUCUCGCCCUCUUACGAACUAGUUGUUCCAUAUGAGGGCCAAAGACAGAACAGUGUGUGUCUUGCGGGCUCCUCAUCAUCCCAUAGCGUUCCAGAGGAUCAGCAGGCUCCAGAACGCGGUGUUCCAGAGUCCAAUACUGGCUCUGAGGAGGUCAUGAUCGCGCUGAUUGAGCCGUCGACGACCCCAGAUGUGGUAGAGCUCUUGAUUCCACCUUCAACGUGUAGUGAAGGGGCUUAUGAUGAAGAUAUCGAACCGGUACCUGAGAAUGUUGCCACGGCUCAAAGUAGUUUUGCUUACCCUCUUGGGUCCACCCCCGGAGAUGAGGAGCGCAUGGAUCCGUUCUUGACGGCUGAAAUCAUCUCUGCAGCAAUUGAACCAUCCACGAGAUCACUGAUCGUACCAGGAACCCAGCACAUUCAAAAGAUUGAUCACGGCCAAGGAAUACCAAGAAAGGUGUCAGCCAUCCACGAGAUGGAUGCUAGCGAAUCAGCCAUGAAAAGACGAAGCAAAAGGGAAAGCUCGUAUCCUUCUAACUUUCGGCAUGAAGCACACAGAAGAAGGCCUGACUUCAUCACUUUUAGGAAGCAGAUGAGGGAGGCACAGAGCAGAGCCAAGAUGAUUGCCAAGGGGAGAAGGAGUACUAGAAGAAGACUCACACUGAAGAGUAUCUAA